CUGUACCUUGACUGCUUUAUAAACCAGUUACUGCCUCUCGUUAGUUACAUCAACUGAUUUAGUUCUAACUUCCGGGCGCAUACUCAAAAUUCCUAACUCACAAAAAAAUGGCAGGCGCUCUGAUUAUUCUGGCACUUUCUCUUGUGGUGGCGGUGGUCGAAGUGCAGGCCAAGCCGAUGUGUCUGUGUCCGGCGCUGUGGCGACCAGUCUGCGGUGAGGACGGGACCACAUACAGCAACGACUGCCAGGCCAGAUGCCAAGGAGUAAGCGUAGCGCACGAGGGUCACUGCGGCAACGUACAGCCCAGGAGCACUUUCUGCACCCUGCAGUACGAUCCGGUGUGCGGCAGCGAUGGCAAGACCUACAGCAACGACUGCUUCGCCCGGGCUGCCGGAGCCCAUGUGGCGCACAAAGGCGAAUGCGCUACUGCCAGGGCCAACGAUAUCAUGUGCACCAUGGAAUACGCGCCAGUCUGCGGCACCAACGGUGUGACCUAUAGCAACCGCUGCUUCGCCCACGCGUCCGGUGCCAACAUCCUACACAGUGGCGCUUGCCGAGGCGAGACCAAGGGUGUCUUCUGCACGCUGGAAUGGGCUCCCGUCUGCGGAAGCGAUGGAAACACCUACAGCAACCGUUGCCACGCCGGUGCCGCUGGCGUGCCGGUGGCCCAUACUGGAGAGUGCCGGGAGGCGGUUAUUUGCACCAUGGAGUAUGCACCCGUUUGCGGUAGCGAUGGAAACACUUAUGGCAAUCGAUGCACUGCUAAUGCUGCCGGAGCAACAAUUGUUCAUGAUGGUGAAUGCCGGGAAGCUGUUAUCUGCACCAUGGAAUACGCGCCCGUGUGCGGCAGCAAUGGGGAGACCUACAGCAACCGCUGCCUGGCUGGUGCCGCCGGCGUAGCAGUGGCACACAACGGCCCGUGCCGCGAACCCGUGAUCUGCACUAUGGAAUGGGCACCCGUGUGCGGCAACGAUGGGAACACCUAUGGCAAUCGAUGCGCAGCCAAUGCCGCCGGUGUUGAAGUGGCUCACUCCGGAGAAUGCUGAAGUAAUGCCGCGCGGAAUGCGAUUAACGUAUAAAUCAUCUUUAUUUCCUUAACCAGAGUGUCCAGAUUAUCCUCCUCAUGUAUUUUGGCUGCACUGCUCCAUUCAGUGUCAACGAAAUUUAUAAAAUAUAUCAACAGUUUUGGCUGAGGAAUUUUUGUUGGCCUAAGAAAAAUACUAAUUAAAAAAUGCGAAAAGUGUUUUUGAAGUAAUACAAAUAUUUUUGGAUUAAUAUGAAAUGCACGGUUACGGAAAGCCGGGAAAGGCGACGGAUAAAUUCCUAAUCACGUAAAUAAGUUUCACACGGCUAGAAAAAAUCAUUGUUGACAA